AAAAGCCUGGAACGGGUCAUUACGGGUCAAGUGAAAAAUUAGAGUGGGUGAAAUAGGGUUGAAGAACUAAUCAAGCGGGUCUUUUAAAUCGCCCUUUGGAUGAAUGAAGGAUGAUGCCUGAACUGCCAUGGAGAUGCUCCUUCCUCCCAUGACAUUACUGACAAAUCUUCCUCUGUAAAACCCUAGUUCUUCCCAAACCCUCAACCAGAGCCCUAACACCUACAAAACCCCAAUUCUCUCGUUCAUCCAAACUCCCUCCUUCAGCACAUAUCCCACGUCGUAAAACCACCUCCUACAAACAAAACACAGUCCAAUACGACGAUCUCCACAAAAAUUGGACCCUCAAACGAACUCUAUUCGAGAAGCUCAAGCAUAAAGACUCUGACCUAGUUCGGAUUCUCGAAGAAGAUGGAGAUUGGAGCAAAGAACUCUUCUGGGCUGUUGUUGGAUUCCUCAAUCAAACCUCAAGAUCGAACCAGAUUCUUCACGUGUUUGAUGAAUGGUCUAGCAGAGACGAAUCUCGAGUUAGCGUGUUUAAUUACGAGAGAAUUGUAAGGCUGUUGGUUGAGGAGGAAUUGGUUGAUAUUGCAGUGUUGGCUUUAAACCAGAUGAAAUAUAUUUGGGGUGUGCAGCCAUCGUCCGAGAUUUACCGUUUGAUCGUCUACAGUUUUGUUAAAAGCGAUCGAUUUGAAGACGCGUUGUUUCAUCUUAAGGUGAUGGAAGAUAAUGAAAUGAAGCCACAUGCUUCAAUCUAUAAUGGGCUGAUUAAAUUGUAUGCGAAGAAUGGUUUGUAUGAUGAAAUGGCGAAAUGUGUGAAGAGAAUGGAAUGGAACGGAUGCUUCCCGGAUCAGUCGACUUACAAUUUGCUAAUUAGGGAGUUUUCACUAGCUAGAUUGAUCAAGAGGAUGGAAAGAACAUACAGGAUUGUGAUCUCGAAAAAGAUGGAUCUUGAAGCUUCUACUGUCAUGGCAAUGCUAGAGGCGUAUGCUAGUUUUGGGGAUUUGGAGAAGAUGGAAAAGAUUUAUAGAACGGUUAUGAGGUUGAAACCGAGAGUUUAUUUGAACGAUGAUUUGAUUCGUAAAGUGGUCGUUGUUUAUGUAGAAAACUACAUGUUUUCUAAGUUAGACAACAUGGGUAUCAGACUUUAUUCCAGAAUCGGCAACACGAACAUCGUGUGGUGUUUAAGAAUGCUUUCGCAUGCCUGUCUUCUGAGCUGAACGGGAAUGGAGUCUAUCGUGUGUGAAAUGGACUACAGGAAAAUUAAAUGGAGUGUGACGAUCGCAAACACAAAACUAUGUGCAUAUGCCAAAAUGAAAGAUUUUAGACGCUUUAAAGG